UGUCCGCCCACGUGACAGGGAGGGGCUCCCCAUUGGCCGCGCCGGCGGGGCCGGGCGCGCGCCCCCGCGGCUGGCCCUCUCCAUCCCCACCAUGGAGGCCUUGCUGAGGAGGUGCCGUCUGCCGCCGCUGGGCGCCCGUCAGCGCGGGGUCAGGGCCCGGCACGGUGGCACCCCGGGCAGGGCGCGGCGCCUGCUGCUCUCGCAGCUCUUCCAGCCCAUGGGCGGCCAGGCGGGCUCCGAGGGCCGGCCCGGCGAGCCCACGUGCCGCAGCCAGCGGCUGAUGCUGCAGGCGGGGCUCAUCCAUCCCACCAGCCCCGGCUGCUACUGCUACCUGCCGCCCACCGUCCGCGCCAUGGAGAAGCUGAUCAAGGUGAUGGACGAGGAGAUGCAGGCCGUGGGUGGGCAGAAGGUGAACCUGCCCAGCCUGUGCUCGGCGGAGCUGUGGCGCGCCAGCGGCCGCUGGGACCAGAUGGGGCCGGAGCUCUUCCGCCUGGUGGAUCGGCACAGCCACGGCUACUGCCUGGGCCCCACGCACGAGGAGGUGGUGACGGCGCUGGUGGCCUCGCAGAGCGGCCUGUCCUACAGGCAGCUCCCGCUGCUCCUCUACCAGGUCACCAGGAAGUUCCGGGACGAGCCCAAGCCGCGCUUCGGUUUGCUGCGCAGCCGGGAGUUCUACAUGAAGGACAUGUACAGCUUUGACGCCUCCGAGGCGGCGGCGCGGCGCACCUACGAGCAGGUGUGCCACGCCUACUGCAGCCUCUUCGCCCGCCUGGGCCUGCCCUUCGUCAAGGUGCAGGCGGCCACAGGCGCCAUUGGUGGCACCACGUCCCACGAGUUCCAGCUGCCGGCGGACAUCGGCGAGGACAGGCUGGCGCUGUGCCCUCAGGGACACUUCGCGGCCAACGUGGAGACGCUGAGCGGGGAGCAAACCUCGUGCCCCACGUGUGGGGAGAGGCUCAGCGAGACCAAAGGCAUCGAGGUGGGGCACACCUUUUACCUGGGCACCAAGUACUCCGCGGUGGCCAACGCCGUCUUCUCCUCCGCUGAGAACAAAGCCCAGCUGGCAGAGAUGGGCUGCUAUGGCCUGGGUGUCACUCGCAUCCUGGCGGCCUCCAUCGAGGUGCUCUCCACGGAGGACAGCAUCCGCUGGCCCAGCCUCAUCGCGCCCUACGAGCUCUGCUUCAUCCCCCCCAAGAGGGGCAGCAGGGAGGAGGAGGAGGAGGGAGCAGCGCUGCUGGAGCGGCUGUACGAUGACCUGGCCGAAGCGCUGCCCCGCCUCGCUGGCGACUCGGUGCUGGACGACCGCACCCAGCUGACCAUCGGGAAAAGGCUGAAGGAUGCCAAAAGGCUGGGCUAUCCCUACGUGGUUGUGGCGGGGAGGAGGGUCUGCGAGGACCCCCCGGUCUUUGAGGUUUGGGAUCAGAAUGCCGGUGAGGUUUUGUUCCUUACCAGAGAAGGGGUCAUAGAGCUGCUGAGUAAAGUGCAAGUCAUUUAAA